UGUCUCGAGCUGUUUUGCUUACAGUGAGUCAGGAGCUGGAAAAGAAGCGAGGUCAACCGUGAAUUCAACAUAUAACAACAUAUAAAGACCUCCAGUUCCUCUUUACUACAUUAAACUCCAGAAAUGCCGUCCGACAGACCCUUUAAACAGAGACGGAGCUUUGCUGAUCGGUGUAAGGAAGUCCAGCUGAUACGAGAGCAACAUCCCAAUAAAAUUCCGGUUAUCAUUGAGAGGUAUAAGGGGGAAAAGCAGCUUCCUGUUUUGGACAAGACCAAGUUCCUUGUUCCUGACCAUGUUAACAUGAGUGAGCUGGUAAAAAUAAUCAGGCGCAGACUGCAGCUCAACCCCACCCAGGCCUUUUUCCUCCUCGUCAAUCAGCACAGCAUGGUCAGUGUGUCCACUCCCAUUUCUGAGAUCUACGAGCAAGAACAAGAUGAAGAUGGCUUCCUUUACAUGGUGUACGCCUCCCAGGAGACCUUUGGUUGCUAAGCAGGCCGCUCGACCUUUUAGGGAGGACGGCAGAUAGGGAGAGAGAAAGAGAAAUGGCAAGAUGAAGCAGGCUUAACCUAAAUGUAACCACUCUCUUCUCUCUCCAUUAUCCCUGCGCCUCCCUUAGUGGUAUGAAAUUAAAUAAUACCGUUGAUUUUUCUCCAUGUGAUAAAAGUGCAAACCACAGCACUACUGUAAACAUUAUUCUGACCCCUUGAACAGUUUUAAAAUCAUAGGCUCAUUUGUUCUACUUCAUAAGAGAAGCAUAGGUGUUACAUUGUGUCUCAGUUGUUUUACUUACAUUUUAUUACUUUAAUUAGGGUUUUUAUGUAAAAUAAUUAGUGACACAUGUUGCUGUAUAUAGGUGAGUUUUUUUUCUGUGUUUUAGGAGAUUCAUUCGCUGUAACCUUUUUUUUUCUGUCAAAAUCUGUUAACCGAUUUUCAAAUCUUCAGAAUUGUGUACCAAGUAAGCUCACUUUCAUGAGCUGUAGUUUUCAUUUGUGGGCUUCUGUGCAUUAUUAACUCAUUAACUCAUCGUAGAAUAAGAAUAGAUACAGUCUGAUGGUAACUGUACUCAAAAGCCACAUUGAUCUGUACUUUACAUACGUGAGCCAAAAGAACAUUUGAGAUCUUACAGGUGAGGAGUUAGAUGGAUCUUUUGGCAUAAAGUAUUCCGCCAUAAGUGUCACGUUAAUUGAUCUUUGUUAGAUGCGAAUACAAAUGCUUUUUUUUGCACAAAACAUUUGAGGACAAACUCUAUUUCAAGUGAAAUGAUUAUAGCACAUCAUUCUAUUCUCCUUUAUUUUUUUUCUUCUCUGUGUCACCAUACGAGAAGUAUGCCUUCUGUCAAAUCUUAGAUGAAGGGAUUGUGAUGCACUACAUUGCACGUUUUUUCCCCCUCAACUUUUUAUAUUGAUUUAUGCUAUAGAUUUGUUAUUUCAGCUUUUAUUUAAAGCAGAAUAACUGAAAGACUUUUUAGAUGUUUUGAAACCAAAAAGAAAAAAAAUACAAAAAAAACUGAAAUGUGUAUGUUUGAAAUGUUAAAAAAACAAAAGUGUGUGUGUAUAAAUCAUUGUAUGAAAUUA